GUCGAGAAUGCCAUGUGUCAUUCAUUAACGUCAAUUAAGAUUGGCAAGAAUUUUGUAACACAAUCUAUAUUUUCAUAAAUAUCUUUAGCGAAUAAUUAAAUAAAAGUAGAAACCGAAAAUUAUUACUCAUAAUCUAGCAAUAGAUUAGAUUAAUAUAACUGCGCAUAAAUAAAUUACUUCGUUUAGCAAGUACUGUUAAGUAUAAACAUGGCAGAUUACCUUAAUUCAGAAGCAGAGGAAUCUAGCGAGGAGGAAGAAGUAGACCAUAGGGAUCGAAAGAAGGCACAAAAAGCUAAACUUGUGGAUAGUUCCGACGAGGAAGAGGAAGAUGAUGACGAAGAAAAAAUUAGAGAAGAAUUAAAAGAUCUUAUCGAUGAUAAUCCAAUUGAAGAAAGCGAUGCCGAAUCCGAUGCUUCAGGUCGUGAAAAAAGAAAAAAAUCGGAUGAUGAAGACCUCGACGAUCGAUUGGAAGACGAAGAUUACGAUCUGUUGGAAGAAAAUUUGGGUCAUAAAGUAGAGAGAAGGAAAUUCAAACGUUUGCGCCGGUUUGACGAUGAAGAAAGCGAAGGAGAAGAAGAACACGAUCCGGAGCAAGAUCGCGAACAAAUCGCUAUGGACAUAUUCUCCGAUGAUGAAAAAGACGAUCGUCACAAAAAGGAUGAAGAAAGAAGAUCGGAAAGAAGCCAAAGACCCGUAGUCGAGCAAGAAUCCUUCGGGGUGGGCGAAGAGGAAGAAGAAGGCGAUUAUUCGGACGCUGAUGAUUUUAUUGUAGACGAUGACGGUAGACCUUUGAUCGAGAAAAAGAGGAAGAAGAAACCGAUCUUCACCGACGCCGCUCUACAAGAAGCUCAAGAAACUUUCGGUGUCGACUUCGAUUACGACGAAUUCACCAAGUACGAUCAAGAUGAAUAUGAAGACGAGGAGGACGAAGAAGAGGACGAGUACGAAGAAGAUGACAACGAGCGAAGGAAACAUCCGAAGAAAGCUGCAAGGAAGAAGCUUACCAAAAAGUCCAUUUUCGAAGUGUACGAGCCGAGCGAAUUGAAGAGAGGUUUCUUCACGGAUCUCGAUAAUGAGGUUCGUAACACCGAUAUACCCGAGCGAAUGCAACUUCGUGACGUUCCCAUUACACCCGUAACGGACGAUUCCACCGAGCUGGAAGAUGAAGCAGAGUGGAUUUACAGACAAGCGUUUUGUAACAAAGCGAUAUCGAAUGUAGAUGCGCACCUUUCUGCCGAAGCGAGAGAGAAAAUGAAGAAAGGCUCCCAAACCGUUGGGAAAAUAAAGAAAGCGCUGGAUUUCAUGAGGAAUCAACAGCUCGAGGUGCCCUUCAUCGCCUUUUACAGAAAGGAGUACGUUCAACCUGAACUCAACAUUAACGAUUUGUGGAAAGUUUACAAAUACGAUGCUAAGUGGUGUCAACUGAAGUCUCGGAAGGAGAACCUCCUUAAACUCUUCGACAAAAUGAGGCAUUAUCAAUUGGAUCAACUCAUAAAAAAUCCGGAUGCUCCUAUUCCGGACAACGUGCGAGUGAUGAAAGAUUCGGACAUCGAACGACUAAAAAACGUCCAAACUGCUGAAGAACUCAAUGAUGUUCACAAUCAUUUCAUAUUGUAUUAUUCCGGGGAUUUGCCGGCUAUGCACGCCGCUUGGAGAAUAAAGGAAAAAGAACAGAGGAGAUACGAGAAGCGACAAAAAAGACUCAAACAAAUAGCCGAAGCGGAAGACGGUGCUGAGAUACCCGAUGAACCUGAGGAUGACGAUGACGAUGAACCAGAAACCGAAACUUUGAAGUACGCUAAUCGAUCAGGCAGUUACGCUUUAUGCUCCAAAGCUGGAUUAGAUCCUUUGGCGAAGAAGUUUGGUUUAUCCCCGGAGCAAUUUGCUGAGAAUUUGAGAGAUAAUUAUCAAAGACACGAAGUCGAUCAAGAGCCCGUCGAACCCUCUGAAGUUGCCAGAGAGUUUAUUUCUCCUAAAUUUUCAACGGUCGAUGAAGUAUUGCAAGCGUCUAAAUAUAUGGUUGCCUUGCAAAUAGCUAGAGAACCAUUAGUAAGAAAAUGCGUUAGAGAAGUAUAUUUCGAAAGAGCCAGAAUUAAUGUAUAUCCGACUAAGAAAGGACAAAAAGUCAUCGAUGAGUCUCACAAUUGUUACAGCAUGAAAUAUUUAAAAAACAAACCAGUGAGAGAUUUGAACGGAGAUCAGUUUUUAAAAUUGUGCUUAGCCGAAGAAGAAAACCUCCUUACUAUCACAAUUAAUGAUAAUAUCGAAGGGAAUACAUCAAACUCUUACAUUGAGGAAGUCAAACAGCUCUACAUCAAGGACGAAUUUAGUAAAAAUGUGCAAGAUUGGAACGCGCUGAGAAUGGAGUGCGUGGAAAGGGCGCUAACGAAAAGCGUUUUGCCCGAUUUGAGAACGGAAUUGAAGAGGACAUUGUUAUCAGAAGCCAAAGAAUUCGUCCUUAAGGCGUGUUGCAGGAAACUCUACAACAGCAUUAAAAUUGCUCCAUACUCGAUUACAUUUCCUGAUGAAGACGAAGACGAAUGGGACACAUCGAAAGGCGUUAGAGUUAUGGGUUUAGCUUAUGUUCCAGAAUAUACAGUUUCAGCAUUCGCUUGCAUAGCAGCUCCCGAUGGGGAUAUCACUGAUUAUUUGCGUUUACCUCACAUAUUAAAAAGAAAAAACAGUUUCAGAACAGAAGAAAAGUUAAUGAAGGAAGGCGAUUUGCAAGCUCUAAAGAACUUCAUCUUCACGAAAAAACCUCACGUGAUAGCGAUCGGUGGGGAAUCCAGGGAAGCGCUGAUGAUAGCGGACGAUUUGAAAGCGCUGAUUAACGAAUUGGUCGAGUCCGAUCAAUUUCCCGAAAUCAAAGUCGAAAUUAUCGACAACGAAUUGGCCAAAAUUUACGCAAACUCCAACAAGGGCCAGUCGGACUUUAGAGACUAUCCCGAGCUGCUGAGGCAGGCCAUUUCCUUGGCCAGGAAAAUGCAAGAUCCCCUCAUCGAGUACUCGCAGUUGUGCAACGGAGACGAGGAAAUAUUAAGUUUGAGGUUCCACCCGUUACAAGAACAAAUAGGCAAAGAGGAACUCAUCGAAGCCCUGUGCCUGGAAUUCGUCAACAGAACCAACGAAGUCGGUGUUGAUAUUAAUUUGGCUGUACAACAGGCGCACAAAAGCAGUCUCGUGCAAUUCGUUUGCGGGCUCGGCCCUCGCAAAGGGCAAGCUCUGCUGAAAGUCCUCAAGCAGACCAACCAAAGGCUAGAAAAUCGAACGCAGUUGGUAACAGCAUGUCACAUGGGCCCCAAAGUGUUCAUUAAUUGCUCCGGUUUCAUCAAAAUCGAUACUAACAGUUUGGGAGAUAGUACUGAAGCGUACGUGGAAAUAUUGGAUGGUUCUCGUGUUCAUCCGGAGACGUACGAAUGGGCUAGAAAGAUGGCUGUAGACGCUUUGGAGUACGAUGACGACGAAGGGGCUAAUCCAGCGGGUGCUUUGGAAGAGAUUCUGGAAACUCCCGAGAGAUUGAAAGAUCUGGAUUUGGAUGCUUUCGCCGAAGAAUUGGAAAGACAAGGAUUCGGCAACAAGAGCAUAACAUUGUACGACAUAAGAGCCGAAUUGAACUGUAGAUACAAAGAUUUGAGACAACCUUUUCAUUCGGCGAAUCCUGAAGAGAUGUUUGAUAUGUUAACGAAAGAAACGCCGGAAACGUUCUAUAUUGGAAAAUUGGUUACUGCUUCAGUUAUAGGUAUUGCGAGGAAGAAACCUAAACCUGAUCAACUCGAUCAGGCCAAUCCUGUUAGAAAUGACGAAACGGGCCUUUGGCAAUGUCCGUUUUGUUUGAAAAACGAUUUUCCCGAAUUAUCCGAUGUGUGGAAUCAUUUUGAUGCAGGUGCAUGUCCCGGUCAAGCAACGGGUGUCAAACUUAGAUUAGACAAUGGAAUAAUGGGUUAUAUUUAUAUAAAAAAUAUUAGUGAUAAACCGGUAUCGAAUCCGGAGGAAAGAGUAGGAGUCGGUCAAUUAAUUAGUUGUCGUAUAAUAAAAAUCGAUGUUGAGAGAUUCAGCGUCGAUUGUACGUCGAAAUCUAGCGAUUUGUUGGAUAAAAAUCACGAAUGGAGGCCACCGAGAGAUCCUCAUUACGACACGGAACGCGAAGAAAAAGACAACAGAACCGAGGCGGAAAAGAAGAAAGAAAAGCAACGUUUGACCUACAUAAAGAGAGUUAUAGUUCACCCGGCAUUCCACAACAUUUCUUAUGCGGAAGCUGAAAAAUGCAUGGUCAACAUGGAUCAAGGCGAAGUCAUCAUCAGACCGUCCAGCAAAGGAGCCGAUCAUUUGACCAUUACGUGGAAAGUCGCCGAUAAAAUCUAUCAACACAUCGAUAUUAGGGAAGAAGGGAAAACUAAUGCGUUUUCAUUGGGUAAAUCGUUGUUGAUAGGCAACGAGGAAUUCGAAGAUUUGGACGAAAUAAUAGCGAGACAUGUCACUCCGAUGGCGGCGCACGCUCGCGAUUUGCUCUACUUCAGAUACUACAAAGACUUCGAGGGCGGUCACAAAGACAAGGCCGACGAGUACCUAAAAGACGAGAAAAAGAAGAACGCCUCGAAGAUACAUUACGUCGUUAGCGCCGCAAAGCACAUACCUGGUAAAUUCCUACUGUCUUAUCUACCAAGAAACAAAGUAAGACACGAGUACAUAACGGUGACUCCUGAAGGAUUUAGAUUCAGACAGCAAAUGUUCGAUUCGAUAACGUCGCUGUUCAAGUGGUUUAAGGAGCAUUUUAGAGAGCCACCGCCGGGCGGAAUGACACCUGGUACCCCAAGAAUGUCCACUGGAAGAACGCCAUACGGUAAUAUGAGUACCGAAGCUAUUCAAAGAGUCGCGCAAAAUCUCCCCAGCGACAUGGUCCAAGCCCUAUCAGCUGCAACCAAUCAAACUCCUCACUAUCCGCACACUCCUGGCGGUUACGGUGGUAAUUACAUCAACACACCGUAUACACCUAGCGGUCAAACGCCCUACAUGACUCCAUUCCAAACCCCUCACGCUCAACAGACGCCGCGGUACGGCCAACAGACGCCUUCGCAGCCGUCUCUGAGCAAUCCGUUCCUCCAUCCGGGCGCCGUGACGCCGUCGCAACGGACGCCCAGCUACAGGAACCUGCCGACGCAGAGUCCGAUGAUACCGCAGAGCCCGGUGCCGAGCCCGGGAUCGCAGAGCUCGUACAGCAGCCACAUGAGCCACCAUACGCGAGCGAGUUACGGGGAUUCGUUGAGGUUCCAGCCGCCGGAGUCGCCGAGGAAUUACCCGAGCAGCAGGGGAUCCUACCCCGAUGGGAGGUACGGUGGUAGCGAGUCGAUGGAUUGGCAGAAGGCAGCUGAAGCUUGGGCUUCUAGGUCCAAAUCGACACCACGAAGCGAAGGUCGCGGGACUCCCAGAUCGUCUGGUCACAGAACUCCACGUAAUUAUGAUAAUAUGUCCGAAAGUGACCGGUCGAGGAUGAAGCAUAUGAGCAGCAAAAGCCCGAAAUCGGUACGAUCGACUCCUCGUACGAAUUCUUCGCCUAGAUCAAUGUCCUUGGGCGAUGCUACUCCUUUAUACGACGAAAAUAUUUAAAGUUACUUUUUUUAUUAUUUGCAUUAUAUGAUUUAAUAUAAAAUAAU